AAUUUAUGCUUUUGUGCAGGUCCGUUGUUUAGCCACCUUUGGUGAUGCUGAAAGUUAGACGUGAACUUCAUUGGCCAAAUGGUUAAAAAAAACAGGUUUGAUCUCUUAUUAUCCACAUUAACCCUAUCCAGUCUUAUGUUCUUAUCAAAACCGUCAAAACCCCUGUGUCAGCAUUAAAACAGCUCCUCUGGGCGGCUCAGACUGCUAAUCUAUUUCCACAGAGGAGUGUAGUCAAUGGCACAUGAGACUCCGAGAAUUAAGAUGUAGGAAGCUUUUCUGGCCACUCGGGGAGGAGAUUAGAGAGGAAGGAGGCUCAGAACAGGUUUGCGCUUGUAUCUGCUGUUCACACUUCCAUCCCCAGUUUGUUCAAGCUGUUAAUGAUCCAGCCGCAAUAAUAAUGUUCGCGAUCCAACGUUUUUGUGAGUGGCUAUGUCAAUUACUUUCACACAGCUUCAGUUUUAUAGUAAUUGCUACGUUUUUAUGUAAAUUUGCCUUUAGUUUGACCUCAGAGUUUUUAGUUUUAAGUUAAAAAGUUAAGUUUCUUUGUUCAAGCGCUGAAGCUGCAAAUGACACAAUGGACCAUCAUUUUUUCAGACAUAAAUAUAGACUCCAGGGUGGGCUGCUAAAUUAAGCAGGAUGAAUGAAAGGACUAAAUUAAAUGAUUACAACAGACAACAAGGGGGCUGGGCACCUUUUCACCGUAGUAACUGUUCCCCCUGACAACAGUGGAGAGUGACAAUUAUAUUCAGGGUCCUUCAGUACACCCAGGUUUCCCUUGCUCAUUUGCUCUGUUUGGCUCCAUUGAGCACCUGGGACGGCUGGGAACGCUGCCUGCAUGCGGAGAGAACUGGGAGCUGCUGACGCCGCACAGAGAACAUUUUGAGAUCUGGUCCCGGUGGAUCUGCUCCUGGACAGGGGUUCCAGGGCAAGUGGCUUACUAGUUUAUCCUGUCAGCAUGGGGUCUGGCUCCUCCUCUUAUGCUCCCAAAACCAUCUAUUUAGAUGUAGAUGGUAAAGUGCAGAAGGUGCUUUUCAGUCGUCACUGCAGCCCAUGUGAUAUCAAAGAACUGCUGUGUUCCUCCUCCAACAUCCCUAGGAACACUGCUAUAAUGGUGGCGAACCCUGAAGGUGCACUUGUGUCCAUUGAUCCCACGAUGCCCACCAACACCCCCAACUCCCUGUACAAAGUCAUUCCUUUGUCUACCGGCCAGCUGGGAGAAAAGGAAGAUAUGUUUCAGAAUGUGAUCUCACAGGUUGCAGAGCAGUUCAGCAGAGCAUUCAGGAUCAACGAACUAAAAACGGAAGUGACCAACAGACUGGCUAUGCUGGAGAAGAGAGUAGAACUGGAGGGGUUAAAGGUUGUAGAGAUCGAAAAGUGCAAAAACGAUUUGAAGAAACUGAGAGAUGAGAUGACUUCCAGAGCAGGAGGAAGAGUGAAUUGUCCAUGCAAGUACAAUUUCUCCGACGAUGGAAAGAAAUUAACUCCUAGACGUGAUGUCCCCAGCUACCCAAAGUACACACUUUCUCAGGAGACCAUUGAAGCGCUGAAAAAACCAACCUUUGAUGUUUGGCACUGGGAGCACAAUGAAAUGCUGAGCUGCCUGGAGUACAUGUACCAUGACUUAGGCCUUGUGAAGGAAUUUAACAUGAACCCGAUUACUCUCAAACGCUGGCUACUGGGCAUUCAGGAAAAUUACCGCAUCAACCCGUUCCAUAAUUUCCGCCAUUGUUUCUGCGUGAGUCAGAUGAUGUAUGGCAUGAUCCACCUCUGCAACCUUCAGGAAAAGCUCACGCUGACAGAUCUGGGCAUUUUAAUGACUGCUGCCGUGUGUCACGACUUAGACCACCCUGGAUACAACAACACGUACCAAAUCAAUGCUCGUACUGAGUUGGCAGUGCGCUACAAUGACAUCUCGCCCCUGGAGAAUCACCACUGCGCUGUGGCCUUCCAGAUACUCUCACUGCCGGAGUGUAAUAUAUUUGCAAACGUGGACCCGGAGGCCUUUAAACAGAUCCGACAGGCUAUCAUCACACUGAUUUUGGCCACGGAUAUGGCCCGGCAUGGCGAGAUUCUGGACUCCUUCAAGCAUAAAGUGGACAAUUUUGACUUCACCAACGAGGAGCAUGUGACUUGCCUAAAGAUGGUUCUUAUCAAAUGCUGUGACAUUUCCAAUGAAGUCCGGCCUACAGAGGUGGCAGAGCCGUGGGUGGACUGUCUGCUGGAGGAAUAUUUCAUACAGAGUGAUAGAGAGAAAUCUGAGGGGCUUCCUGUGGCACCCUUCAUGGACAGAGACAAAGUCACCAAGCCCACAGCCCAGAUUGGCUUCAUUAAAUUUGUUCUCAUCCCCAUGUUUGAAACUGUCAUGAAGCUCUUCCCUCAGAUUGAAGAGAUUAUGGUGCAGCCUCUCAGAGACUCACGGGACCAUUAUGAGGAGCUGAAGCAAAUUGAUGAUGCCAUGACCGAGGCACAGAAGAAAAAAACUGAAAAUAUGUCAUUAGGAGGGAAGAAGAAAUAAGCACUGCUGUGCGCAUAAUGAUACUGUGAGUCUGAUUUUUGACCCGUCUGCACUGUGUGGACAGAGUUCUGGCAUGAGGAUCUGUGAGACGCUGGGCUGCUGUUGAAGACGGCUGGUUUGAAUCUACUGAAUCUAAAGGGUCACUUGAUUGAAUCAUGAAAUCACGAGUCGAUUCCUUUUGCAACAGACUGCUAGGCCGGUCUGAUUAUUUCUUUUUGUCAUCAGUCAGUUAUCAAACCUUUUCGGCUGACAUGGGCAUAUAUAUUUAUCACUGCAGUUUUAGUCCGGUGUGUUGUUUUUUUUGUUUGCAAUUUGGAUUUCAGCAUGACGUAUGACCAUAACUAGUGCCUUUUGAAAAUGUGUUUUGAUGAUUAUAAAAGGUCAGCAAGAUAUGAUACGGUUCCUUUUGUCAACUUUUUCUCUCUUGAGUUCCUCCAGAACGCAGCAGUUUACAUUUGAGGUGGUUUUGUGGUGAGCACAAUACCACUGUAAAUCUGAAUAGCAGCUUUUAAGGAACCUGAGAACUCCCUUUGCAGUGUUUUGAUUUGGUUUCUCGUUAUUUUUUGGGUAAUUGAGGUUUUAAAUCAAUGCAUUUGCACUAGAAUAUCCAGACAGAUGAUACAAUUGAAAGGAAAAUUUGAUCAUAAUUUACACACCCUCAUGACUUUUUCCCUACAGAACAUAAAAGAAACUACUUUGAAAAAUUCUCAGUCCUGACUUUCAUUGUGUGGACAGUUCUUUAAAAUAUAUUUUUUAGUGUUCUGCUAAAGAAAUAAUGUCAUACAGGUUUGGAACAUUUUGAAGGAGAGUAAAUAGUAGAAUUAAAAUUUUUGGGUCACCAUCCCUUGAAAUUAUUAAAUUUCUUCUUUUGCUAUCUGAAAGGUCAUACCAGAAGUCAUACCUGCUAACCACGUUCAAUAUUUCCACCCUUUGGCUCAAUGUUCCCACCAUUUUUUGUUCUCUGUAUCCUAUUUGCUCUGGUUUGCUUCUAAUACUUCCUCAAAAUAAGACAAUAAAGUCUGUGGGAGUUCUGCCUCGUGGCUGUUCUUUUCUCCUUUUAUCAAUGUGGUAAUAAAAUCUCUCGCCAGGAGGUCACAUGUGUUUGCUAUUAUGACAAGGUUAGGCCUGUACGCAUCAUUUCAUUCAUAUGUUUCACUGUCAGUGUUUGGCGUCUUGGCAUUUAGAGCAGCACAUUUUGAUGGAUGGAGAUCACGGCACAUAUUUCCUUCGCU